UUAGGCGGCGGUUGGCCGUUGGCCGCGAGGUGUUUUUGAAUGAAAGGGGGGCGGGGCGGCACGUGCUCCCUCGCCUUGCGGGGAGGCAGAAGCUGUUGGGCGGAGGUAAAGGGAGCUUCUGUGGUGGGGCGUUCCUGGUCGUCCUUAACGUAUCAGCAGACGUGGCUCUGAAACAAAACGCUUGCGGCUGUUGCGAAUCAGUUUAUUUAUGUAAACUUAGCCUUCUUCCACUACUUGUCUGGUUGUGAGCCGCCUUGCGUUUCCAGUGGUCGAGAAAUUUGAUUUAAGUUUCUUCUCCAGUUUGAUCCCAACUGGAUCGGUGUUGCUGUUGUUCCGGUCAAAGGCCACCUUGAACAUGAGUUAGUUGGGAUUGGGACAGUUGUGAUACUUCAAGUGGCCGAAUAGCUCUCCAGGGGCAUCCAAGUGGGGCGGAUGUCUGAUAAUGAAGAACUCUUUUGGGGGCAGGGAGAUAAUUUGGAACAAAAAAGUCCUUCUUCUAGACUUGAUGGUUAAAGAUCUUUUAGAACAUAUUUUAUUCUCUUCUUGCAUUGAACAUUUUCCUGAGUUCUAUACCUUAGUUCUGUAUCAUCUGUAAAGAACAUGGCAUGUACUGAUAUUAAAGUAAAGGAACUAGACAAACGUUCUUCAGGCCAAGCUUUUGAGAUCAUUCUGAGCCCUACAGCUGAAACAAUUCCCGAGUUUCCUCUUUCUCCCAAGAAAGAUCGGUCACUUGAAGACCUUCAGAAAAAAAUGGAAGCUGCAGAAAACAGACGAAAGUCACAUGAAGCAGAAGUUCUGAAGCAGUUGGCUGAAAAACAGGAGCAUGUAAAGGAAGUGCUUCAGAGAGCAAUUGAAGAAAAUACCAAAUUCAGCAAAAUGGCAGAAGAAAGACUGAUCUCCAAGAUGGAGCUCAUUAAGGAAAACCGUGAGGCCCAGUUAGCUGCUAAACUUGAGCGCCUUCGUGAGAAGGACAAGCACCUAGAGGAAGUGAGAAAGAACAGAGAGAACAAAGAAACCGAAGAAAUGGUUUAACAAUGUCUGUUCCAAUAAUUGAAUGUAUUCAAACAGUUUUUAAAGAGCACUUACAGCCAAUGUGUUGAGCGCAAUCCUCUUGCAAUACUAUUAAAACAUGUAACCAGGAGAAAGCAUAUGCAUACUUUUUGAAUUUGGGAGGUGGGUGGUUUGGGGGCCAGAGAAGAAAAGAAGGGGGGAAAUCUGGGAUACUGCAAUUUACUCUUACUAAUGAUUUAGUAUUGUCUAUCCUAUAGCAUCUUUGCUACUUCUGCACUGCUUGUGCUACGCAGGAACAAACAUUUUAAAAAAUGUGUAGUUUUCAUCUGGUUUGCCCAUGAUAUCUGUCAUGCUAAAUGUUAUAUUUUUAGUCUUGGUGUGUAGUUGUCCUAACAUGCCUAAAUGCAAUCUCUGAAUAAAACUGA